AUGACCCAACGACAGCAACGUCGGCCAGAUGCGCCGGCACUUCUCUCGAGUGCUUCAGUAUUAGAACCGACAAGAGUAAAUACACCGUUACUAGAUCUUACCGCCGAUUUCGAUUCGAUUUCAAACAAACCGCCACCACCGAGUUCCAAUGUGGGUGGAGAAGAACAACAUCAGGCGAUAUCAAACAGAGAUGAAGCACCGGACACAACAACAUCAACGAUCACCACCGUGCUCAACGAAUGGGCUACAAGACUUGGAUUUAAGACACCACCUCCCAGUCGAGCGGCAACCGCGAAACGAAAAAACCAAAUGAAACAACUAGACGAUUUAUUAGCUCAACCUGUUCAACAAUUAUUCGAUGUCAUGGUGCCUGCCGCGCACGUACUUGAGAUGCCUAGUACCCGCGAACAACAUAUUGAUUCUGGAGCUCAUGCACAAUCAGCGCAAUCAAGAGGACCUGGUGCCCUGAAACAACCGCCGAUACCAUCACCAGAUGCCGAUGGUCAGAUGAAGAUCACAACGGCGACGACACCAACACGAACAUCACCUGCUAAUGAAUCAGACGCUGCUUCACAACCAGCGGAUUUUGUACUAGCAGGCACAGACGCUGUCCCCAAGUUGCCUCCCAUACCAUACUGGAUGGUCGCCGGAAAAGGAAUGAGACAACAGCAACGAAAGUCUGUUCAACAACCAUCUGCACAGCAGUUACCACGAUCCUUUUUACCAACACAACAACGCCCGCAGUUGAAUCAAAGGCAGAAACGAUACCGUUUCCAACCCGGCACAACAUCCAAUUUCAACAGUUACACCCCGAUCGGCAUCCAGGAACAACCGUCACCACCAACAGUGCAACAGCAGCAAAUCAACACGCUGCAUUUUAACCGUGCACCACCACCACAGCCACGGAUACCAUCAAGUACACAUACAUCCAAUCGUUUCCAACCAUUUAUCGACAAUUAUCAGUGUUACGUUGACACUGAACCACCAAUGUACAUGUUCCUUCACCUUCAGUUACAUUAG